AUGGAUGUCUGUUAACUGAGAGUCUACUGAGUCAUGGUUUGCAAUAUACUAUAUGUGCAUUAACUGGAAAGUCAAAUGCAUGAAGCCUAUUGGCUGAGUUUGCAAGGACCUGGGAAUCGGUUUGCAACUGUUGCUGUCCUGCUGCUGGAGAACCGAUUUGAACAGGUUUCUCUGUACGUGUGUGAGAGAGUCUACUGAGUACUGGCUGGAAAGAAGAUGGCUGUGUACUCAGAGAGGCCUGACUAUUUCUGAGGCCUUGUUCGAUGCUGAUCUUCACUGAAGCAGAUUUAUGGACUAAGAAGGGACUGCUUAUGACUGCUGAUUUCUAUAAGCAAUCAGAAGGACUAUUGUAAAUACCAUUGUUCUGUUGAUCUCUUGGACUUAGUAAAAGUUCCUGUGUUAUUUGUUCUGCAAAGCUGAGUGGUGCAUCAUUCUGCAGGGUGACUCUGGGUUCAUGAGCAUACAUAAGAGCUUCUACCUAUCAUCCACAAUCCCCAACAUACUGUAUAUGUCUUUCAUGAUAGUACAGUAGAGUCUCACUUAUCCAACAUAAACGGGCCGGCAGAAUGUUGGAUAAGCGAAUAUGUUGGAUAAUAAGGAGGCAUUAAGGAAAAGCCUAUUAAACAUCAAAUUAGGCUAUGAUUUUACAAAUUAAGCACCAAAACAUCAUGUUAGACAACAAAUCUGGCAGAAAAAGUAGUUCAAUAUGCAGUAAUGCUACGUAGUAAUUACUGUAUUUAUGAAUUUAGCACCAAAAUAUCACGAUAUAUUGAAAACAUUGACUACAAAAAUGCGUUGGAUAAUCCAGAACGUUGGAUAAGUGAGUGUUGGAUAAGUGAGACUCUAUUGUACUCUCAUCCUGAGGACCAAUGAAAGUGGGCCAGGACUUGAGGUUCGAAAACCCUACAAUGAACCCAACAUGCUGCUAGAAUACUAGUGUUUUAUCCAGUCUUGAAGGAACUGAUCAUGGUCUAUGUUACCUAGGACAUUAUUGACCCCAAUUGGAAGCUGCUGUGAUUUUACUGAUUGUUAUUGUAAUGUAAAUUUAAUUUUUGUGUAAUAAUGUGUUUUUAUAUUGUUGUGUAUAGUAUGUCUGUAUCUUUGUUGUAAACCGCCCUGAGACCCUUCUGGGAGAUAGGGUGGGUUAUAAGUAAAGUCUUAUUAUGAUGUGCAUUAAAAUCAUGUUAGAUUGAAAUAUGUCUAAGUCAUUUCAUGGGUCAAGCGCCAUGGAUUCAAGUAGCUUCCAUCCAUCAAAGCACACGAAAUGGUAUUUGGAAUCUAGCUAUGGGAAGCCUUUCUGUCAUAUUAAUGAGAAAUGUUACAAGUCAAAUUAGAAUUAGAGGUUUCCCUCUGACGUUAAGUCCAGUCAUGUCCGACUCUGGGGGUUGGUGCUCAUCUCCAUUUCUAAGCCGAAGAGCCGGCGUUGUCCGUGGACACCUCCAAGGUCAUGUGGUCAGCAUGACUGGAUGGAGCGCCGUUACCUUCCCGCCAGAGCAGUACCUAUUGAUCUACUCACAUUUGCAUGUUUUCGAACUGCUAGAUUGGCAGGAACUGGAGUUAACAGUGGGUGCUCAAGCCGCUCCCGGGAUUUGAAUUAGAAAUGUAAAAUAAGCUCAUAAACCAUUACCUUUCUUAAAGAGCCAAUUGGCGGAGGCUACGACCAUUCGGACCUCAGGUUACUUUUGACAAGGCUUUAGAGCAACAGUGUCAUACUUUCCUGCAGGCUGCUUGUGUUUCAGUUGUAUAAGGUCAGACUUUAAUUUAACUACCAACUGUGUUGCUAAUUUUAGAAAUGCCACAUGACCUGUGUCCCUUACUAGGCCCAUGCCUGCAUGUUUGAAAUUCAGGACCCAAUAAAACAAUAGCAAGAUUUGGAAAAGCUAGAAAAUAGUUGAUUAACCCAUAUCAGAGAAAUGGAAGAGAGUGAAGAUUCUGAAGAAGACCACCUCACUGACUAUGCCAUUCAGUUUAGCAUCCAAGAGUCUCUUGAAAGUCAAAGACAUCAACAAACGUCCUUGCCCAGUCAUGAAACAAGGUUUGUUCCAGUCAGCGAUCAAAACAGGAAACUUGUAACUGCCGUAAGAGAAGGUCAAGUGUAUGAUCUUCAAACAUAUGUGAAAUGCAAAUAUGCUUUGGAUGAAGCUGAUGAGAGAGGUUGGUUUCCUAUACAUGAAGCCGCUGCCCAGCCAAUUCAGCAAAUACUUGAAGUAAUAUUAGAUGCUUCUUAUAAAUCAAUGUGGGAAUAUAAAACGUGUGAUGGAGAGACACCCUUAACAUUAGCAGCCAAGUCUGGCCAUGUGGCCAAUGUCAAGACAUUAUUGGACAAGGGGGUCUGGCCCAAUACUACUAACAGAAAAGGAGAAACACCUCUUCUGAUUGCAGUGAGACAAGGCUCUCAUGAAAUGGCUUCUGCUCUGAUCGAACACAACUGCAUAGUCAACCAGCCAUGUGUAAAACGUUGGUCAGCAAUACAUGAAGCUGCAAAACAGGGUCGAAAUGAUAUUGUUGCUCUUCUUCUGAAGAAUGGUGCCAACGUUCACUUGAGAGAUGGAUACGGAGUAACUCCAUUAGGAGUGGCAGCUGAAUUCGGUCACUGUGAUGUGCUAGAGCAUUUAAUUCACAAAGGUGGUGAUGUGCAUGCUAUGGCUGACGAUGGAUCAUCAAUACUCUUUGAAGCAGCUGGAGGUGGAAAUCCAGAUUGUAUAGCUUUGUUGUUGGAAUAUGGAGGAAGUGGCAAUUUGCCUAAUAAAGCAGGGCACCUUCCUAUACAUAGAGCAGCAUAUGAAGGGCAUUAUCUGGCCUUAAAAUACCUCAUUCCAGUUACCUCCAAAACAGCCAUCCAGAAAAGCGGUCAGAGUCCCAUGCACUCAGCUGCAGAAGGCCAAAACCCUCAGUGCCUAGAACUUCUAAUUGAAAAUGAUUUUGAUGUCAAUACUGUGCUGGCAGAACACAUUUCACAAAGUUAUGACGACGAAAGGAAAACAGCACUUUAUUUCGCCGUUUCCAACAAUGACAUUCUCUCAAUUGAAAUACUUCUGCAGGCAGGUGCAGACCCAAAUAAAGACCCUCUGAACUGCCUUCUGGUAGCAGUCAGAGCUGGGAACCAUGAAAUUGUACGGUUGCUUCUCUAUUAUGGUGCAAAUGUCAACUGCUACUUCAACCUUGUGAAUGACACCCAUUUCCCCAGUGCCAUUCAGUAUGCUUUGAAUGAUGAGGUAAUGCUAAGGAUGUUGCUCAACCAUGGAUACAAGGUGGAGCUAUGCUUUGACUGCAUGCAUGGGGACAUCUUUGGGAAUUCUUUUGUGUGGUCAACGCAAGAGGAAGAUAUAUUACCAGGGUGGACAUCCUGUGUUGUUAAAGAUAAUCCAGAGCUGCAUAGUCCCUCCUGCAGUACGGGCAGUUGCUCCAGAUUGUUGCCUCCAAAUGCCACUUGUGUCCUGAUUUGCUGGGCAGACCAUACCAUUUUCAAAAUAAAAUUCUAUAAUUUUGGUUCAUUGUUCUGUGACUUUAUUACUGUUCCUUGGAUGAAACAUUUAGUUGGACGCAUUGUUCGGAUAUUCAUAGAUUAUAUGGAUUAUGUUCCCCUUUGCACAAAACUCAAGUUUGUCUUGGAGUCACAAAAAGAAUGGGAAGAGAUUCAGCAAAUAUUAGAGAAUCCUCGUCCCCUAAAGCAUUUGUGCCGCUUGAAAAUACGGAAAUACAUGGGAUUAGAGAGUACACAGAAGGCAUUAUCCAUGAAGAAGCUUCCACUUCCACCAGUUCUUAAAGCAUACAUCUUAUACAAAGAGUACGAUCUUUAUGGAAGAGAGAUGCAUUUGGCGUGAUAGUCAGAAAUCUUGACACAGUCACAUGGAUGAUGAGCCCAGCUGAACAUCUUUUGGUGUUGUUCCGUCCCCCAGGACGAUGGUUUGCCUUACCUAUUGGUCGUUUGUUUGUUUUCCCUCCUUUACAUUUUGUUUGAGCCUCUGGCUGCAAAAGCCUAGGAAAAAUGGCUUGGAAUCUGCAAGAGCUGGCUGCAGUUUUCUUUGCAGUGAUUGGUCAAAGAAUGCAACAUCUUAGGACCGCCCUUUUUACCAGGGUCUAGUCUCCAUUUUGGAGCUUCAUUCUGGCUAUAGUCUUCCAACGUGCUGGAGCUGUGCAAGGCUAACUGGGACAAAUCAUCCUCAAAACCAGGCCAAUCUAAGCCUAUCCAAAUUAGAUAAGUAUUGAAUUAUAUUGAUCUGGAAUAGGAAAUCUAGUUAGGGGAGCAGGGUUAUUCUGUCGCUUCUAGAACUAAUCUUUGCUGUAAAGAUAGGGAAGGAAAGAGUUUCUCCUUCUAAUAUAGGCAGCGUGAUUAGGGUAUAGUGGUUUUAUAAUCACCUUUGCUUUCUGGAACCAGGGAUAAUUCUGUACCUAAAACCUAUAGAAAUUUGUUUCAUUUUCUGCAACUUUAAGAUCUGUGCCAGGUUUACAACCUUGUAUGAAUAAACAUCCUUUUUUGAAGUUA